CAAAAAUUCAUUAUUUUCUACCUUCUUUUUUUUAUUAUUAUUUUAUUUUAUUUUUUGUUGUUGUUGUUGUUGUUACUCUAGUUUUACAAGAUGACAGUAGAAGAUGAGAAUUCAUAUGAUUAUGUUUUUAAAUUAGUAGUUGUUGGUGAUUCAGGUGUAGGUAAAACAAAUUUACUGGGUCGAUAUGUUCAUGAUACAUUUGAUUUUGGUUCGAAAAGUACGAUUGGCUUGGAUUUAACAAUAAAGCAUAUGAUGAUAAAAGGUAAAAAAAUUCGUGUACAAAUAUGGGAUACUGCAGGACAAGAGCGAUAUAGAUCCAUUACAAAAAGAUAUUAUCGUGGUUCAGUGGGUGCUUGUCUCGUUUAUGAUAUUACAAAAAGGGAGUCAUAUGAUAAUAUAAGUCGAUGGUUAAAUGAAUUUAAAAUGAAUGAAGCACAUCCUGACAGCGUUAUUAUGCUUAUUGGAAAUAAAUCGGAUCUUCAAGACAAGCGUACAGUAACACAGGAAGAAGCCAUGAAUUAUGCAAAAGAACAUGGACUUUUAUUUAUGGAAACAAGUGCUUUGGAAAGUACAAAUGUAGAACUUGCAUUUGACUCUGUAGUGAAUAAUGUAUUUGAUAAAUUAUCCGGUAAAAUUGCAACAAUGGAUGAUAAGCGAGCUGAAAUUAUGCGUGGACAAGCAAUCGAUUUAAAUCCUCCGCUAAAUACUGAUUCCAAACACCCAAAUCAAUGUGCAUGUUAACACAAAAGAAAAUUAAAUUAAAUUAAAUGACUCUUUUUUAAUAAUAAUACCCAUUCCUAACCUUAACUCUUUCAUUCUAAUAAUGAUUAUAUUAAACUACUUUGGUACCCAGUUCUUUAUCAUUCAUAAUGUAGACUACGCAUAUAUAUUCUAAGCAGAUUCAUAAAUAAAAAAGAUCAAUGACACUACUUACUACUCCUCAUAUUUAUUUAUUUCAAGAAGAAUUUAACUUGAGAGUUAUUAAACUAAUUAGAAUGUAAACAAUCAUUGUUGCCCAUAAAAUGGACCAAAUAGAUAUCAGUUAAUGUGCUCGUUAUACUUGAAGAAUAGGAAUUUUAUACAUCUAACAAUAUUCACUCAUACUAAAAUGAUGACUUGAGGAAAGAAAC